AUGGGUGAUAACAAUUGCGCCUUCCAAGCCACUCAGUCAACGCUGCCUCUAAUUCCUGCUCCAAGGAUUGUUCAAAUCAAUGAAGGUUCUCCCACCCGGAAACCUAAUGAGAUUCCUGAAGAGCCUCUGAUUCCUCCUCCAUCCGAGUUAUUCAUCAAUGAAUCAGGUCAUCAAAUCAUCUCCUUCAUUUUUGAAAAAGGUAACAACUCCCAAGCAAAGGCAAAAAGAUUGCUACAGAUUCGGACAGCCCAGUGA